GAGAGAGAGAGAGAGAGAGAGAGAGAGAGAGAGAGAGAGAGAUUCUCUCCAUUACAGGAUAAGAAUAGAGUUAGUGAUUGGAUGAAGGGUUGGAUUUCUCUUUUUUGCCUUUUCAAAUGGGGGGUCCAACAAUUUUUUCGGGAGAAUUUUUCUCCCAACCAUAAGCCCAUAAUUAGUGGGUGGGAUCCUCAUUUGCAGACAGUCAUUUCCUUUUGUUUGCAUGGUUUCUCCUCAAAACCCAGAAAUUGUUUCUUGUAUGCAACUCUUUUUCUCUUCCUGAACCUCAAAAGGAUAUCAGUGUCCUUGUUUAGGGAGGGAAAGAGUUUCACGUUCGUUGUCUAGAGAGAGAGAGGGGAAGAAGAUCAAAUAGGAUAGAUGUUGAAUAGAGCUGCAAGCAAUGCAUAUUCAUGGUGGUGGGCAAGCCACAUCCAGACAAGGCAAUCCAAAUGGCUCGAACAAAACCUUCAAGACAUGGAAGAAAAGGUGCAGAAUGUGCUUAAACUCAUUGAAGAGGAUGGAGAUACCUUUGCCAAGAGGGCAGAAAUGUACUAUGAGAGAAGGCCAGGGAUAAUAAACUUUGUCGAAGAAUCUUACCGAGCUUACCGCGCCCUAGCUGAACGAUAUGAUCACAUGUCCACAGACUUGCAAAGUGCCAACACUACCCUCGCCACUGUUUGCCCGGAACGAGUCCAGCUGGCUAUGGACAUUGAAGAAGAAGAUGGUUCAAAAUUUCCAAGCAGGAAAAAACUUCAAGCCAAACCAAAAGCAAAAAAUUCUGACAAAACUGUUUGCAAAUCUGGUUUGAGUAAAUCUGAGGCGGUGCAAGAGAUUGACAAGCUGCAGAAGGAGAUUAUGGCUUUGCAAACUGUGAAGGAAUUUGUGAAGAGCUCUUAUGAAAGCGGGCUUCAGAAGUACUGGGAGAUUGAGGCCAGGGUCAUGGAGCUCCAGGAGAGAGUUCUUGGCUUGGAAGAGGAAUUUGAUAUGGGGAAGGGAAAUGAGGAUGGUGAAGCUAGGGCUUUAAUGGCAGAAGAGGUCUUGAAGUUAUGCGAAGAGACAUUGGCUCAGUUGGAGGAAAAACAAGAGAGGUCUACAGAGGAAGCAAAGGAAGAGUACAAAAGGGUCGAGGAUGCCCGAGAGAAACUGAAUUCCCUCAAGAACAAGUUUCUCUCCGACAAACCAAAUGAAGGAGGAGGAGAGAAACCGCUUGAGUUGAAAAAAGAAUCUAGCUAUUUGGAACAAGAGAAAAGGGUAUUUAAUGAGUUACGUGAGAAAAUUGCAGGGCAUUUUGAUGUGGGAUCAAAGGAAUCUCUCAAUGUGACAGAUUUGACAGAGAAGAUUGAUGAGCUUGUGAGUAAGGUUAUAAACUUGGAAACGUCAGUCUCUUCUCAACCUGCUCUAAUAGACAGAUUAAGGACAGAAACAGACGAACUUCAGGCGCAAAUUCGAAUUUUGGAAGAUGAAAAGGCAACUCUGGUUGAUGGAAAUGACAGUUUGACAACAAAGUUGAGGGAAAUGGAGGAGAAAUGUGAAAACCUGGAGGAUUUGAACUUGAAUUUGGAAAACCAAAACAACCACCUUCAAGCACAUUUCACAGAAGCUAGGUGUAGUAUCGAUCACCUGUCUGAGUAUAUGGAGUCAUCACUAGAAGAGGAAUCAAACGUUGGGAUUGGAAGCCCAGAAGAGUUGGAAAAAAGAGAAGAUUUCAUUAUUUCCACGGGAUCGAAAGCACCAGCCGGGGAGGACAAGAUUGAGCAAUUUUGUAAUUCGGAUGCGUUUUCUGAGAAACGAGAAGACCCGAAUUCCCUGGAGAAGGUUGAGAAACAAGGCACUUUCCAAACUGAGGAAAUUGUUGUCGUCGUUAACAAUGAACCAUGGGAAGUGGAAAAAAAGAAAGAAGAUGAGAUGAACUGGCGGGAGAUGCUGCUGGAUGGGGUGGAGGAUAAAGAAACAAUUCUAUUGACAGAGUACAUUACGAUUUUAAGGAAUUACAAAGACCUUAGGAAGAAGCUGAGCGAUGUAGAGAGGAAAAACCGCGAUAGGAUCUUUGAAACAACGGUGCAGCUAAGGGAAUUGAGGAGCUUAAUUGGCAAAAGGGACAAGGAGAUUCAAUUCUUACGCCAGAAACUGCAUGAAAACAAGGAUUUGAAUGCGGAUGAUGGGGAAAUUUCAGUCGUGUUUGAAGUUCCUCAGGUAAAUGAAGAAGAUGAACAUGUUAAGUUGAUUUUAGUCGGUGAGCCUCGGAUAAUUUCGCCGUUAGAAGAAAAGCUUCGGAUGAAUAUUGACGCUCUACUUGACGAGAACUUGGAUUUUUGGCUGAGAUUCAGCACUUCAUUCCACCAGAUACAGAAAUUCAAAUCUGGGUUUUUGGAAUUGGAAUCUAAGAUAGAGAAAAUCAAGGAAAAAAAAGAGAAGCGGAAUCAAGGGGGAAUUGGUAAAACAGCGAUGCAAUUGGAGCUCAAGACAAUUUACAUGCACCUAGUGGAGAUAAAGACAGAAGCAAGGCUGUGGAUAGAGAAGAGUGGGGUUUUGAAAGAUGAGCUGCAGAGGAGAUUCACGUCUUUAUGUGAAAUCGAAGAGGAGAUAGCAAAAGCAUUGAAUGCAGGCGCGGAGGAAGAGGAAAUGAGGUUCACUAGUCAUGAAGCCGCGAUGUUUCAAGGUGAGGUUUCAAACAUGAAGCUAGAGAAUAACAAGGUUAGAGACGAAUUGAAAGUCGGUUUGGAUUGUGUAAACAAGCUCAGGCAAGAGAUUGAGAAGACUAUUGGGAAGCUGAAUGUGGAGUACGGGCUGUUUGGGUCAAAGAGUUGUGAUGAGUCACAAUUCGGGCGGGUUCGAGUUCCUUUGAGUUCGUUUAUCUUCGGAGCUAAGCUGAAGAAGAAGAAGUCAAUCUUCUCUUUCAUGCACCGCAGGAAAAGGUCUCUUGAUCUUCGACCUGGAAUGCCCAUGUAAAGUGUUUUCAGUUUGUGUUUUCUCCAUUUGUUUUUUCUCUUUCUUUUUUAGGUUGUUUUUAGGGAUUGGCAUGUAUGUGGAUUUCUUUGUUUGUGAACUGAAAUGUAUGACUACAAAAUUUGGGGUUAAUCCUCAUAUGUUCUCUC